AUGCCCUCGGGUGAUUCCGAGCAACAUAUCUCUUCAACAUUGGCUGAAUUGCAGCCGUCCCAAGAUUCCGCUAGUCUCCUCAAACGUCUGGCCGGUCCAUCAUCUGGCAAGGCAGGGCUCACCAAAGACCAGACCGAUAUCAACCGUAUCAUAGCAGAUGCAUCGAAAGGCUCUAAAUUCUAUGAGAACGAGAAGCGUAAAGACAAAGACCUAACCGAGAAGAUAGCGAAGAUACUAAAGGAGCGAGAUGAAGUUACGAGAGCUGCAGAUCUACAGAAGGUGGAACACAACGUGGAUCGCUUAAUUUCAGAGCUCGAAAGCGGGCGAGAUCUAUCUCAAGUCAUUGUUCACGUCGAUAUGGACGCGUUUUUCGCGAACGUCGAACUUCUUCACAAUCCCGAGCUCAGAGGUAAACCGUUUGGCGUUGGCAAAGGCGUUCUGACCACCGCUUCGUACGAGGCUCGCAAAUUCGGUGUAAGGUCUGGCAUGGCAGGCUUUAUAGCGAAGAAACUAUGCCCGGAGUUGAUACUCUUACCUAUACAUCAUACUCGUUACUCCGAAAUGUCCGACAGGGUCAUGGCCGUCUUUACACGAUAUGAUCCCAACAUGUGUCCGGCUGGUUGCGAUGAAGGGUAUCUCAACAUUACAGACUAUUGUGUAGAACACAACAUCGGCCCAGAGGAAUGUGUGCAAGAAAUGCGUAGAGCGGUCCAUGAAGAGACAGACCUCACCGUGAGCGCAGGGAUAGCACCCAAUCUCAUGCUUGCCAAAAUAUGCUCCGAUAAGAAUAAGCCUAACGGACAAUUCUACUUACCCUUCGAGAGCAAAGCGAUCAUAGAGUUCAUGCAAGACCUCUCCAUUCGCAAGAUACCUGGAAUUGGGAGAGUUACGGAAAGAUUACUCGAGUCUAUCGGAGUUCAGACUUGCGGCGAUAUAUUUACUCAGCGCGGUGCCAUUUCCUUAUUGGACAAAUAUUUUGGUCUGCGUCACCUUCUCCAAACCUAUUUAGGCAUUGCAUCCAACAUAGUGAAACCUCACUUACGUGAGGAACGUAAAAGUAUUGGUGCUGAAAGGACUUUCAAUCCCCUCAAAGAUAGAGAUGAGAUUCUUAAGAAGCUCGAAGAGGUUGCUGUCGAGCUCGAGCACGAUAUGAACGAAGGAGGCUGGACAGGUCGUACUGUAACGCUCAAAUAUAAGUUAGAUACGUAUCAAGUUUUCACUCGGGCAAAGUCCUUUGAUCGAUGUCUCACCAAGAAAGACGAAUUGUUCGCGGCUGGCAAGGAACUUUUAUUGCCAGAGCUUCCACUCAACCUCCGUCUAAUUGGUCUGCGCCUCACCAAACUGAAGGAUUUAAGGGCUUCGGCAGACCCUGAAACCGGUAUUAAGAGGUUUUUCGACACCACUGACGGUAGCGCUGAUAGUCCGAGGAAACGUACAAGACUAAAUCAAGACGUCUUGCGUCUUAACGAAGACGAUACGGACACCUUAGACUGUCCAUCCCCGCAGGGAGGAAACAGUGUAGGGCACACGGACACUCAUGAAGGAGGCCAUGAAGGGCUAGUAUCUCCUACUGUCAAAGGGCAUUCCCGAUCGCGACCACCCGUGUCUGCACCUGGACUUUCAAGCACCAUUGGAAUUCAAGGAAUCCGGCUUACCGAAAAGCCUAAAAGCACAGGUUCCGCCCAUACGCAGCAUUCAUCCAAGAGUGAACUAUUAGAACAUGUUGAAACGCCUACCACAUGCAGUCCGGGAGCUAGAACAGAGCAAGUUUGUCCCGUGUGCGGAAAAUCAAUGAAGGUUGACAAUCAGGGCCUAAAUGCUCAUAUCGAUUUCUGCCUGAGCAGAGGGGCUAUACGACAAGCGCAGGCUGAAGGCGAAAAUGGCGAACCUGCAAAGCAGAGUACAGGAAGCAAAACCAAACCUAAAUCAACAUCCAACUCGGAAGGUUGGAGAUGGUUCAUGAAAGAUCCUGGUGAUACCAACGGGACCAAGAGUAAACGUUGA